UUGCCGUCAGUGUUACACGCGUCAGAUUCCCCUAUUAUCGUAAGUUUUAUAGAAUCAACUUUUCAAAUUUUGUUAUUGUAUCUAUUUGUUGAUAUUAUGUUUCCUAAGGCGGUGCCCGGUUUUUGUUUUUUUCCUGCUUGUAUGUGUGCGUUUGUGUGCUUGUGCGACUGUGUGCCUUGGGCGGUGCCCUACAGUGUUGUUUUAUCUUACUUGUCUGUUCAUCUAUGUUAGUUAUUUGUGUGUGUGUGUGUGUGUUUGUCUUUGAUACAUGAAUAUAUGCGCUACUGUGGUUAACGCUGUAGUGUAACUCUGAUUCAGGAACGUAGCAUUCCCUUUGUAUAUUUAUCCUUGGUCUACUUUCCCCCUCAACCACCUCCCCACCCACUUUUCUACCCCUUACCCCUACUCCCCCUACAUCUAUAUUUGGCAUAAAAAGUAAAAUGUACCUGUUGGAUUUUAAAGCAAACCGUCUGGAAUAUUUUUCCGUUACAGCUUCUUUUUGUUAUGGGCCUACUUUGCAAAUGCAUGGCUCUGAGGCUGUAUUACUGGUGCUCUGUGCUUCCGAGAAAUCCAUCCUUACCUAUUACUUUCUGUUUCUGUCAACACACACCCGUUUAUACGGUACAGAAUCUAUUACUUAUAAAAUGGCAAAAUGUUAAAAUAAAAUUAUAUCGUAUCGUUGUAUAGAAGAUCAGUUAUGCAACUUUCCGUGAAAUAGAACAAAACAUAGCUGUGGCUUAUAAUUCUUCUACGAGUUAUAUUCUGAAGGAGAAACUGUCUAAUGCUAAGUACCCUUGUUCGUCAGCACAUACUAGGUCAAGAUAAGCAUUUUGUGUUGCAGUUACCUCACUGGCAUUUUAUCUGUCUGACAUAUUGUGCAAGAAUGACACAGGUAUUUGACAGGCAGUCCUGAGAUCCUUACUCGGUCAUUCCGAGUUUAGCUCAGGAUACAGAAUAGCUAAAAGAAAGUCAUUAGAAAACAACGAAGAAACAGUCUGUAGAGCAAUGUUACUGGACUGGAUGAAGGCCAAAGCCGUGCAUGAUGACAAGUUGGGACCAGUAACAAAUGCUUUAAGAUAUAACGGACAUAAAGAUAUAGCAGAGUCGUGUUUGAACUUUGUACGUUUCCAGAAAGAAAAUCUGUCGGAUUCUGUGCUAAUCGAGCUGGCUCAAGGUAUAACAAAAGACAUUCAGCAAUUAGGUCAAGAUCUUGGAUUAGACAGCAAACGUAUUUCAAAUUGUAUCGAACAACAUUCGGACAACAUCAAACGUCAGUAUAUAGCUGUGAUGAUGGAGUGGAGAGAGUCUGACCAAGUGAUCAAACACGGCGACAAUGCACUAGAAUAUCUUAGGAUUACAUGUGUCUAAAAGAAACAGAAAGUACAGAUGUAACAUGUUCUGUAGAUCAGCGUCAGCAAAGGAAUACAUUCAAUCUAUUUUCUAUAGAUAAUAUAUGUAUUAUAUAUGUAUUAUAUAGCAUUUAUCUUAUACAUUAGAACUUUUCCUAAAUUUACAUAUUAUGCCAAACACUUAGACGAGUAUGGAUGUAGAACAAAACAUGGCACAUAUCUCCUGCCUUUCAGUAUUUCUGUUUAAAAGAAUUUACGUAGCUGAAACUCAGAUAUCACAAGGAACAUUGCAAACUUGUUGCGUUACAUUUUAAAACAUCAGUGAAAUACAGACACAAUUUACAUUGCUUAACUGAUGGUAGUUGUGAUUUUUUUCUCUAUAUUUUAAAUGUUUUUGUGUAAUAUAUAGGCUAGUAUUUACCAGUAUAUCUUAAUUAAAUGUAUUCAGAAGCUGA